AUGGGAAGGAGGCACACGGCGGAGGCAGUGGUGGUGGGGGUCGUGCUCCUUCACCCCCUGCCCCGAGCUGGCACCAACACUAACCAACCUCUGCGUGCUGGGGGGCUGCGGGUCCUGGGCCCGCUGGCGGUGACCCUGCAGGCAACCUCUUCCAAUGUUUGGACAGCAGAUACACUUACAAAAGUCAUGGCGUAUUUUCAUGCCCAGGAAGUUAUGUUUACUCUUAGCAGCCUACAGAUGUCCAUAAAAAGUUACCUGAAGAGCCUUUUAUACCAGCCUAGGCAACUACUGUCUGAAUUUCAACAGCUUGAUCAGCAGCAGUUCCAAACUGCGAUGAAGUAUCUCUUCAACUUCAGAAAGGACCAUCUUGAAAUGGGAAAUAUUAUUCUUGAUUGGGACAAAACUAAAGAGAGGAUUUUUCAAAGCCCAGGAGUAAACAGGACCUUGUUCCUUGUAACACUGGAUAAAUGCUUUCUGGCUCUGAGUGCUUUGGACUGCGUGGAUAUCCUAAGCCAGGUUUUGCGGGUGUCAGGGGUGAACUAUCUCCAACCUGAUGUCGUUGGGAGCCUCCCAAGCGUUCUGCAGGAGGAUGCCUUCAGAAACUUAUCAGCAGUAUUCAAGGACCUCUAUGACAAAACAUCAGCAAAUACACAGAGAGCACUGUAUGGCUGGAUGAAGCAGAUGCUACAAAAAUCCUAUAACACAAGUGAGUUCAAUGAAUCAACUUCUUGGGUCAGUGCGGAAAACUUAUGGAUUUUGGGAAGAUACAUGGUCCAUCUCCCAUUAGAAGAAGUUUUGAAAAUCAGUCUCAGUGAAGUAAGACUAUUCAUUAGCUACGACAACGCCACAAAGCAGUUGGACGCAGUGUAUGAUAUCACACCAGAGCUUGCACAAGCUUUCCUGGAAAGAAUAAACUUGUCAGGAUUUGAUAUGAGAAACGCCUCAACUAUCUACAGGCUGGGUUUACUGGUUUGCUUUUAUGAUGACAUGGAACAGAUGGAUUCUGCUGUGGCCCGGGCUUUACUUCAUCAAAUGAUUAAAUGCAAUCAGUUGAGGGGCUUCCAGGCUGAGGUUCAAAAGCUCAAAUCUCAACUCCUGAACAUUGCCAUGCAAAACCAGACACUUAAUGAUGUCCUUGGAUCUCUGUCAGAUGCCGUGGUUGGGCUAACUUCAAGUCAGCUGGAAUCUUUGUCACCUGAAGCGGUGCAUAAUGCGAUUGCAACAUUAAACCAAGUCUCUGGGUGGGCAAAAAGCCAAGUUAUGAUUUUAUCCAGUAAAUACCUCUCUUAUGAAAAGGUUUUAUCAUUUUAUAAUGUUAGUCAAAUGGGCGCAUUGGUAACUGGUAUAAGCACCCAGUCAUUCUACAGCAUGAACCCAAAGGAGCUUUCUCAGAUUAUUCGAGGCACGACCUCCCAAUACUUAUCUGACUUAUCACCCGCACAACAGCAAGGGAUCCUCAGGAAGAUAGCUGCAUUUGGAGAUUUUGCUUCAUCAGUCAAAGAUAUACAAGGAGCUUUCUUUAAAGAAAUAUCUCUUUCUGAUUUAUGGAAACAGACUGAAUAUAAUUCUUCAAUGAUGAAAGAAAAAGAAUUAAGAAGAAGCCAGGCUUUGUAUCUGUAUGAAUUACUGUCUAAGAAAAACUCUCCUGCUGAUCUGCUAAGCACAGGACAGCUUGUGAAAGGAGUAACUUGUCAACUCAUUGAAAGUAUGGGCACAGAUUCUUUUUUAAACAAUUUUAAAUUCUUUGAAAAGAAUCUUCAUCUGCUUUCUCCAUAUCAGGUUAAUUGUUUGGCUUGGAAGUUUUGGAAAGUUUCCAACGCAUCUAUUCCUCCCUUCCUCUUAUUGGUACUUCCGACUGAGUACCUGGAGUAUGUCUCAGGCCCUUUGUGUGUCCCUUUCAUUGAAGGUCUGGGGAAGACUGAGAUGGACCUUUUGAAUCCAAGCCUUCACAAAAAGAGUGCUGUCCUGCAGAAAGUGCAGGAGUGCUUGAAUGGCUCUGUUGCUGAUGAAUUUGAUGUUGACCUACUUGGAAAUCUAAUCUGCCACUUGCCUCCAGCCUUUCUGCAUGGCAGAAUGUCCCCAAAGGCAAUGGCCGCAGCCCUUCCUCAAUUCAAACUCUGCCGACAGCUCAGCCACCAGCAGAAGACUGAAAUUAAAUACAAGCUCUUCGAGUUGUAUGGCUCCCCAAACAACUGGACAGCUGAAACAACAUUAGAUGUUGGACUGUUCAUAGCUCUGCUGUCAAAAGGGGAAUUAAACGUCCUUGCUGAAAAGUUCCCCGAUAUGAUUUUACAAAUAGCAAAGACAAUUGGACCAAUCUCUUCAGCUGAAGAGCUUCUCUCAACUGUAUUUGAAUCUGUCUCAAAUGGCACAUCCAGCAUCGACUCCUCUCUUGCCAGACCUGAUUGCCUGGGAACCAGAGCUCCUUCUUCAGAUGAAAUUAUUAAAUUAGCAGAAGCAAAUGUCUUUUGGUCAGUUCAGGAACUGAAAUGCAUGGAUGCAGGGACCUUUGACAAAAAUGUGGAACUUCUUGGGACUGUUUCGGGUUUUAACAGCUCCCAGCUUAUUGCCUUGAAGGAAAAAGCCAAGCAGGUCUGGGGGUGGCUGCCAGGCUGGAAGAGUUACCGUGUUGUUUCCCUGGGCCGUGUUGCUCUGGCACUCACCGAAGAUGAAAUCGAAGAGCUGGAUUUGCAUUCUGUGGACACUGUUUCUGCACUCAGUCAGCAAAGAGAAUGGACUCUUACCCAGGCAAGAUCUAUUCUGCAUGGUUUUCUGGAAGACUCUGGCCAGACAAUCAGCAUGCUGAAAAGCUUUGACUUGGUUGGAUUAGGAGCUCUUCUCUGUGCUUUGAACUCCACAGAAAUCAUGUCAAUAAGGACUGCUGAAUUCAGUGCUGCUGUUGCAAGAAUUGGGCUGUUGUUCUGUAGCACCCCUGUUCUGAGGCUGUUUAAGAAGAUGACAGAGUCCGUGUUUGGUGCUGCAGCCGGCUGGAAUGGCUCUGUUUUACAGGAGAUUGGUACUAUAGCAGGUGGUUUGAAUGAGGAUGAAUUAAAAGCUUUUGAUAAAAACUUGAUGCCAUAUUUCCAGCCAAUAGCAAUAAGACAUAUACCUCCUGAAAUCUUCCAAGCAUUGUCCCCAGAGCAAAUAGCAAACCUGGGCCCUGAGAAUGCCGCCGCCGUCACCAGGUCGCAGCGCAAGCCCCUGGACGCCUGGCAGCUCCGGAGCCUGCAGCAGGCGCGGGAUGGAGCCCAGGGGAGCAGCCCAGGGAUGGAGCAGGGCACGGGCACCGUCGGGGAGCCCCUGCCAACCCCAGCCCCAGGCGGUGCUCCUGGUUUGCGUGGCUUCGGCAUUGUUGUCUGUGCUGUGCUUGCACUGCACCUCCCUUUCUGAAUCCACAACUUAACCUUGAGUGUCCUGUACCUUACAAAGGAGAUGCUAGAGAUAAAGAAUAGUAGAAUCAAGAGGCUCUAGGAUGCCUGAGUGCAAAAUGGUUAAUUGCUUAAAAGCAACACCUUCAUCUGCCAUCAUGAUGUGAAGUAUCCCUUUUCACUACUUUUACCAUUAACAAGUAACACAGGAUCCCUCCAAAUACUUCAGACUAAUUUCAAAACUGGAAAUGGCUUCUCUGUCUCAUGAGAAAAGCACCGAAGGAUGCACUGAGGUGCCAGGGAGGAGCCUAGAUGGUCCAGGGGACAUGGAGUGGUCACUUGGAGCCUGAUGUGUUGUACCCAGUGCUCCGUGCGUUGGUAAUUUGGUCACACUGUUGUAUCCAUCCAUUGGGUUUUCUUCUUACACUGAGUGUAUGUUCCUCGGACAGAGGCUCUUCUCUCUGAGGUAGUAGAAACCGUAGUACAAGUUACUGCUCUUGCAAUAAAAUAGCUUCAUCUCUGGUUGCUGGUUUAAAUCCUGCUCAGAUAAGAAGCGAUGACGUGUUCUUAUGCUGCAAGCACCUGGACAGAAUGUAGUUCCCUGUGGCUGUAUGUAUCCAACACAGGACUGUUGACACAGAAGGGAUUGGCCAUACCAUUGGUAUUUCAUGCGACAAAAUGCACCAUGGAAACCUGUGUGUGUUCAUCAUGAGAUCGUCCCUUUCGUCAGGCGGGGCCAAGGCAUACACCUGCCAGUGAUAAGGGGCUACGUACCACUGGGACUGGCAACCCAGUACUUUCCACAAGCUCUAUAAUAACUAAUUUCUCAUAGUUGUAAACCACAAAUAUUUUCAUGUGUUUUAUCAACAUAUGGCUUAUGUGUGUAAUGCUUUUCAUGCCACACCUCAGUAUUUUCAAAAAUGGAAAAAAGCAGAUAUAUUAAAAAUCCUCUGCAUAUGAACUUACA